GCCAAAACCUUCUCUGUUCAGCGUCAGUUUGGGCCCAUAUUAAAUCCCAGGAUAUCCCUCGUCCUCCGUCUGAGGGCACCCACCACCUGGUCAUGUCCACUGAGAAGCUCGAGAAGUCCUCGCCGAGUCCUCUGCCAGCAAAGGAUGAAAUCCAAAUAACCAAGCAAGAAAACGCGCCCGGGUCCAAAGUCGACGCGGACCUGGGCGCCAUCGACCUCGACCACCGCGCCCUCGCGGCUGCCGCGUCGAACGAGCACGCCGCUAGCGCUUCGGACGCCAUCCGCACGCACUUCAGCGCGUUCAUGUGGUGCAUCUUCAUCUGCAUGGGCGCGCUCCUCUGGGGCUACGACGCCCAGGUCGGAGGUGGUCUCCUCAGUGUGCCUAGUUUCCGGCGCGACUUUGGUAGUAUAUACGAAGGUCAGCCUGUCCUCGCUGCACGCUGGCAGAGCGCGUUCAACAGCGUCAGCUCUGUGGGUGGUAUCUUUGGUGGGCUGAGUCUGGGUGCUGUAUCGGACAGGCUAGGUCGUCGCGGCGCUGUCGCGUUGGCCUCUGUCAUCUCGCUCGGGGCGGUCCUCAUCCAGUUCUUCGCGCCUGCGCACAACAACGGGAUGCUCCUGGCAGGAAAGCUGAUCAACGGCUACUCCCUAGGAAUGUUUGUCUCCGUCGCCGGAUCUUACUGCGCAGAAGUCUCGCCCCUCGCCCUUCGUGGUAUCACCACAGCCUCUGUGAAUCUCUGGAUCGAUUUGGGACAACUCAUGUCAAAUGGCAUCAUCCGCGGCGUCGGCGAACGGACUGACGCAUAUGCUUAUCGAAUUCCCUUCGCCCUGCAAUGGAUCUUCCCCGUCAUCCUGCUCCUCGGUCUCUCCUUCGCCCCGGAAUCACCCUGGUUUCUCGUGCGCAGGAACCGCAACGCAGACGCGCUCAAGGUCAUCGAGCGUCUCUCCUCCGGGUCAGAUGCAGACGCCCAGCUCCAGCUGCAGCAGAUUGAGGAGACCAUAGCGCUAGAGGACCAUUUCGCAGCGACGUCGACGUAUGGCGACAUGUUCCGUGGCUCGGACGGGCGCAGGACGCUUAUCGCAGUUAGCGUGUUUGUUCUGCAGCAGAUGGCUGGUGUGACGUUCGUUUUGGGAUACAGCACGUACUUCUUUGAGCUUGCUGGGUUCGACGACAGCAACGCGUUUGACCUCGGUGUUGGCGUGACAGCCAUUGGCAUUGUCGGCAACUCGAUCACAUUCUACACCGUGAACCGCUUCGGACGGCGGUUUAUCUUCAAGUGGGGCAUGAUUGCGUGCACAACAGUGCUUCUCCUGAUUGGCUUCCUCACCAUCUCGUCUUCACAAGCGGCCAAGUGGGCCACUGCAGCUUUCACCUUGAUCUACAACUUCAUCUACCAGACUAGCAUUGGCCCUCUUGGAUACGUCAUUUUCGCCGAAGUCUCAUCCGCCAAGCUUCGCUCCAAAACAGUCGGCCUGAGCAUCUGCGUCAAUUCACUCUGCGCGUUGGUCGCCAACAUCGUCAUGUCGUACCUCGUCAAUCCCGACGAAGCCAACCUGGGCGGUUACGUCGGCUUUAUCUUUGGUGGUCUAUCUGUGUUCGGCUCCAUCUGGGUCUGGUUUUACAUCCCUGAGACCAAGAACCGGACCGUGGACGAGCUGGACGUGAUGUUUGAGAAGCGGCUUCCGGCACGGGCGUUUGAGUCAUACACGAUCUACGAAGAGAAGGCGUAGUGCCCUGCGGAAGCGCCUGACCGCAUCUCUUGUAUGAUGUUCCACCGCCACUUAGUAUAUCGUAUCUAUCUGCUAUCUUGCUACUGUCUUAAUGGGCGUAUGCUUAUAAC